UUCAAAAUUAUUUUGAUGUUUUCAUUUUUUAGAUUUAAAAUGGUUGUUCGUCGGGAACAAAUAGAGGUUGGGGUUCCUUUGCCUCAUUUACUGCAUAGCUCUGAUGUUUGCCGACUGUCUGCAGAUCUUCUCAAAUAUAUUCUUGUUCAACAAAACCAAAUACCGAAGAGAUACGAUCUUCUAAUUCAGGACAGAAACCGGUUUUCUGAUAAACAUUCAGCUGAUGCAGUACGUGAACCUCCACCCCUGGCUGAGACAACAAAUAUUAGAAUAAUACUAAGAGAGCAGAAAGAACAUAGAAAGAAGAAAAGGUUAGAGGAGAAAUAUCUCAAGAAAGUUUCACACUUCCUAGAUGAAUGUGAAGAAAUGCUGGCUGGACUGACCACUAUGAUAGAAGAAGAAUUACAAGAUAUAGUUUCCAUCAGGUUCAAUAUCGGAGCUACUCCUGUAUCCCCUAAGAUCUCUUAUAUUCUUCUCCUACCUGAGACGUUUACUCCUACGCCGAACCCUGCCUCCAGACCUGGAUCAUUACUGUUCAGAACCCUAGUUACAGACGAGAAUAUUUUUAGAUUAAGUUCUGAGCGAACUCCUGUGAAAAACUUGUUUCUAUCUAUAGAGAAGAAAUCGAUCAAACCCACAGAAACUGUGUUUGUACCUACAUGUGUACCAGAAACCAAGCGUGGUGUUCAAAUUUAUAUCAAACUCUUCUAUCAAUUAAGAGAACCAGUACUACUUCUUUCCACGCAGCAAAAGCAAGAACAAGAUUUCAAAAAACCUGAAACCGCGGAAACCCGGAAACGGGUUGAUUCCGGAAACUAUCAAACCCCAGUAGGAAUGAAGGAUGUCAGAGGGAGGACUGGACAAGCUUCUUUAACUCCAGACUUCAUGGAUAUGUGCACACCCUAUGAGAAUGGUAUUCGAGAUUUGUCGUCCAAACAGCACUCCCCUGGUGAUUUACAUUCUAGGAGGAGGUAUUUCUCCAACGAGUUUGGUACACCAAUCUCAACUUCGAUGUACACUUGCACAAAACGAAACUUUGGCUCCAUGGAACUAUUUACAGGUUCUAUGGAACUAUGUACACCGGCAGGGAAGACAUUAAGUACAUGUACACCUGGUACAAAUAGAAGAUUUAGUGGAAUGGAGCUAUGUACCCCAUUCACUUCAUGUACAAAACGACUGAGUAACAUGGAUUUAUGUACUAAUAGGAGAAUAAGCGGGAUGGAAUUAUGUACACCCAACACCGGGAGUUAUAAGAAACCGCUGACUACCGAGCCAUGUACCCCGUACACUUCAUGUACAAAACUGAGUAACAUGGAUCUAUGUACGCCUUAUGUUGACACCUAUAGACGAACAAGCAGCUGUAUGGAGUUAUGUACACCUUUUGCAGAGAUCAAAUCAGUAAUUCAUGAUCCGUGUACUCCGUACACAGAUAACAGGUUUACGAGUAUGGAUUUAUGUACACCAUGUACGAAUACUCAAGGAUUGAGUAAUAUAAGAUUAAGCAUGAAGGAUAUUGCUAGAAAAUCUGUAAGAUUUCAUCUUGCCAGUCCAGAGCAUAAUACUGAUCAUGAUUUACAGGAUGAUCACGAUGGACAGAAUGGCCAUGGACAGGAUGACCUCAAGAAUGGCGAUGAAUUUUAUAGAUUAGAUUAUUCUGUAAUUCAGACGAAUGUAGUUAACUCUAUGGACAAGAAUCUAAUUGAAGAAGUUUUAACAGCGUUCCAAGAAGUCAACAUGUGCUCAGAAACAAGAUCAGAAGCAGCUUCUGUUAAAGAAGGAGCAGCACUGGAUACAGAAGCAGGUAAAGAAAGAGCGGCAUGUAAAGAAGGAGCUUCUGACAAAGAAGAAGCCGCAUUUAAUACUAAAGUAUGUAAUGAAGGAGCUUCUGAUAAAGAAGGAGCAGCAUUUGGUACAGAAGCAUGUAAAGAAGCUUCUGACAAAGGAGAAGCAUUUGAUACUGACGCAUGUAAUGAAGGAGCAGCAUUUGAUGCCAAAGCAUGUAAAGAAGCAGCUUCUGUCAAAGAAGGGGGAGUAUUAGAUGCUGAAGUAUUGUAUAAAGAAGACGCCUUAGUUUUAGAAGCUGUCGAGUUUGAAAAAUCAGCUGUAAGCCUGGAUCCUGCAGAAGCUUCCAACUCAAUUGAAGCGAAUUUAACCUACUGGGUCACCUGGCCUCGCCCUGUCAAAGGGUUUUCAGAUCUUCCAUUCUAGAAACCUGUGGUGUUUAUUUUAAACUUAAAAUUACAUCUAGAAACCUGAUGUUGAGUUAGAACUUAGAUUUUAGAACCUUGUGAUGUUGAGUUAAAACUUAAAAUUACAUUUUAGAAACUUGUAAUGUUUAAUUUAAACUUUGUAUUGCAAUUUAGAACCUUGUGAUGUUUAAUUUAAACUUUAAAUUACAUCUUGAAACUUGUGAUGUUUAAUUUAAGCUUUAUAUUACAUCUUGAAACUUGUGAUGUUUAAUUUUAACUCUUGUGAUAUUAAAUUUAAACUUUAAAUUACAAUUAGAAACUUGCGAUGUUUAAUUUAAACUUUAUAUUGCAGUUUAGAACCUUGUGAUGUUUAAUUUAUACUUUAAAUUACAGUUAGAACCUUGUGAUGUUUAGUUUAAUCUUUAAAUUACAUUUAGAACCUUGUGAUGUUUAAUUUAAACUUUAAAUUACAUUUAGAACCUUGUGAUGUUUAAUUUAAACUUUAAAUUACAUUUAGAACCUUGUGAUGUUUAAUUUAAGCUUUAAAUUACAGCUAGAAACUUGUGAUGACAUAUUAAAGCUUGGAAUUCCAUUUUUUAAAUUUGUUAUGCUACAUAAAACUUUGACUUUUAUUUUAUAAAUAUAUUUUUAUGAUUUCG